CGUAGGGGGAAACGUGUAGAAACAGGCUGUUUUAUUUAUCCAGUGCACAAGCGGACUAACCCUCCCUGAAAGCGUCUGCCGGGUUUUGCUGUGCUAAACUUUAGCCAGUGUGCUAAUCCCGGCGGUAUUAGCCACAGAUUAGCUACCAGCCGCUGCGCGGAAAAGGGCUGUUCGAACGAAGUUUGUCCCUCGGCGGAGUCCGUAGCAGAUCUGCGAAGUUCAAGGCGGCCCUGCGUCGCUGGAAGUUAUUUCGGUUUAGUUUUUGGGUUUUUUCCUCCUCUAGUUGAAGCGUUUCGUCGCCUUUUCUUUAGGAUUACACUGUACCGAGUCCGCCCAGACGACGAAAAGUGGCCAAAACUCAUGAGUCUGACCCUGAAGAUCCCGAGUCUCCGCUCCGUCCGUUCGCUAUACAGCACCGACCAACGGAAAAGCACAGCAGACCGUUGAAGUUCGAGCCGUUAAAACAGCAGUCGGAGGAAGGAUGGUGUGAAGCUUCCUCGGUGGCCGCUAUAAGUGAUGCAGGCUUGUGUUUGAUGGACCUGCUGGCUAGCAGUGAAGGCUCAUCAGGGCAGAGCAGAGCAGAAAUCCACGAGUCCUGGGUCUGGCUAUGACUUGAUGUGGGGGGAAAAGGUCAAGGAGUCCUGUUUAAAUCCUGUGGACCUCAACUUUAAUCUAGACAUGGCAGAGCUGCGAUGCAGAAAGACGGGAGAGAAGAAAAAGGAGGAGGAAGCUGCAUCUGAAGUAGAUCAGCAGCAUCACGAAGAGGGUGUCACAAAAGAUGAGGAUCAUCCUGAUCACGCUGGAGAUGGGGUCCCCAGCAGUACAGUGGAGGAGACGCACACAGAUGCUGGCAGCACCUCAACUGAGGAGACUGGAACAGGUGUAGCAGGAGCAGACGGCUCAUCGCCUGCUGGGGCUGAGGAGGAAGGAGAGCAGACCACAUCCUCAGCCAAGAGAGCGCAGAAAAACAGCAAAUCUUUACUUUUUCAGCGGAUAGUGAAGGUAUUUAUUGGUUGCCUCGCAGCAGUCACUUGUGGGAUGAUGUAUGCUGUCUAUCUGUCCACUUACCACGAGAGGAAGUUCUGGUUCUCCAGUCGACAGGAGCUGGAGAGGGAGAUUACGUUCCAGGGAGGCAGUGGCCUUUAUUAUUACUACUAUAAACACAUGCUCUUCGCUUCUUCGUUUGAGAGGGGUGUGUAUGAGCUGACGCGGGAUAACAGGACUGUGUCUGGACAGACCAUAAAUGCAGUGGAGCAGCUGUCUCUCUACCCAGAGCUUCUCAGCAGCCUGCUCUACAAACUCAGUGGCAGCCAGGAUGCCAUUGAGCCGGUGUAUUUCUACAUAGGUGUAGUGUUUGGGCUGCAGGCGGUGUAUGUGACCGCUCUGUUCGUCUGCAGCUGGGUGAUGAGCGGCACCUGGGUUGCUGGCAUGCUGGCAGUGGCCUGGUACAUCAUCAACAGGCCGGACACAACUAAGGUGGACUAUGCAAUCCCUCUGCGGGACAACUGGGCCCUCCCCUACUUUUCCUGUCAAGUAGCUGCUCUAACCGGAUUCCUUAGCAACAGCAUCAGCUCCGCUACAGAGAUGUUCUGUUACCUGCUGAUGAGUGUGACGACGUUCACCUUCAUCGUGAUGUGGGAGCACAGCCACUAUGUACUGUUUGUACAGGGGGUCGCACUUCUCCUUCUGGACUGCUUUGACCUUGUUCCAGCCCGCAAGACGGCGGACAUUCAUAAGGUGUACCUGAGCUCUUUGUUGCUGGCCUAUGUUCUGCAGUAUCAGAGACCCAGUCUGCUAUCCUGUCCUCUACUCAGCCUGCUCAUAGCCAGCGUGCUGGCCAGGUACCUCCAGCAAAACAUGAAAAUGGGCCCCCUAGUGGCGAGACUGAUGAAGAUUGUGCUGCACCUCUACCUGGUCUUCACCACAGGCAUUACCUUCAACUACCUGGUCAAGAAGAUUCUUCCAGCGAACCAGAGUGAUUUCAUAUUGAAAUUUCUGGAGGUUAAGUUUGGACUGAACACAACUACGGAGUUCAUCCCAAACCUGCUGUUGUGUGAGGAGGGUUUUCAGUCCCCAGGACAAGAUUUCUUCCUACGCCUCACCCAGGCCUCUGUCCUGCCUUUCUACAUGCUGGUGCUUCUAGUGUGCCUACUCUCAACCUUGCAGACGAUCUACAGAAGACUCAGUGGUGAGCAGUUGAAAGGCAGUGUGCGGAUGGAGGACGGGCGGAUAGGAGAGCGGCCGGAGGUCAUCUACCAUGUGCUCCACACACUGUUGUUCGGAGCUCUCGCUAUGCUGUUCCAGGGGACAAAGUACCUUUGGACGCCGUAUGUGUGUGCCUUCACCGCGUUUGGUGUGUGUUCUCCGGAACUCUGGAUGACCGUGUUCAGAUGGAUUAGACUGAAGUCUGUCCAUCCUGUAGUGCUGGCACUAAUAUUGAGCACAGCAGUACCGACCAUCAUUGGCUUCAGCUUAUGGAGAGAGUAUUUCCCACGCGUGCUGUCUGAGCUGACUGAGGUGCAGGAGUUUUAUGAUCCUGAUACUGUAGAGCUCAUGAACUGGAUUAAAAGUCAGGCUCCGCUAACAGCUGUAUUUGCUGGUAGUCCUGCACUGCUGGGCACAGUCAAACUUUGCACAGGGUGGCCUGUCACUAGCCUGCCUCUCUACACGGACCUUGGCCUUCUGCAAAGGAGUGAGAGCACCUAUCAGGUGUAUGCCAUGCGCUCUGCUGAGGAAGUCUACAAGCUGCUGACGGCUCAGAAGAGCAGCUACGUCAUCAUUGAAGAGGAGCUGUGUAAUGAGUUGAGUCCUGUCAGAGGCUGCAGGAUCAAAGACCUGCUCGACUACGCCAACGGCCAUGUGGUGUACGAUAAAGGUGAAAUGUACACGUUCUCCAAGCACGGCCGAUUCUGUCACGAGAUCAAAAUGAACUACUCCCCGUACACAAACUACUUCACUCGAGUGUUCUGGAACCGCUCGUACCACGUCUACAGAGUCAACUCCGUCAUUUCUUUCCAGUACUGAGGACUCCUGCUUCCCCUUCAUCUCUCCUUCUUUCUGUCUUUCUUCUUCUCCAUAACUAGCUCUACCAGACUCCUGGAGCACAGGAUGAGAAAUCCCACAGGACUUUAACAAUGGAUUUUAAUAUAGUUCUGCAUCAGAUUUCAGUUAUGCACAAUGACUUUUGGUGCUGUGAUGUGUGAAUGUGUGUGUCUAUGAGUGGGUCAGUCAGUGUGCGCAUGUGUGCGUGCAUAUGCACAUCUGUGCCCACUUCCUGUCUUCAGUCCUCAUGUACAGUCGCAGGACACGGUCUGCAGUGCUAGCUGGAGUGAAUUUUAAGAAUCGGGAUGGUAAAUAAGCAGAUGCGCUCUGUUGGUGUUUGAAAGAUUUUGUUGCCGUCAUGCUGUAAACUGUUCUGUGUGUUGCAGUGAUUUUUGAUUGACACUUUAAAAAGAGAGUUGUGGAGAUCUGUCACCUCUCGACAGCUCGGUGCAGGUUAAAUAAUAGUUUGUGAAAAAUCUAAUUUACCCGAUUCACGCUUACCCCUAAUGUGGUCGUUCAUUCAAGACGUGUUUGGUGUCCAAAUUUUGCUACUUUUAGUUUAGACCUGGAGCUACGAGUGUAACGUUAGUAACAAACCCUAGAACUCAGUAGUCACCCAAAUAGCCGUUUCUGUAAAAAUGCAUCUUCAAAACUUUUCUCAGACCCGUUCAAACCGUAGCCAGGUCUUCAUUAAGUUCACACAGACUUGUUGAUGUCGUUUAGAGUGCAGUAUGACUUACUGUAAACUAACCAUGAAAAAACUUCGCCAAUAUGGGCAGCCAUUUCAGGCAACGCCAGGGCCGGUAUUCACAAGUCAGGACUGAUCUAGGAUCAGAUUCCUCCACAUUUAUGACAGUCACUGUCAUAAAUCCUGAUUCUACAUCAGCACUCAAACUCCUUGGGUGGUUUGUGAAUACAGACCCUGCUGUCUAAAGCGACUGCCUGCAGUUUUGUUAAUUUGUGAAUUUUACUGUAAGUCAUACUAUCCUAAACCACACUGACAAUUCUGUGUGACUGAGCAGGUCGAGAGAAGCUUUGGUAAUGCAUUUACGGAAAAAAACAUAUGGGCUAUUUGGGUGACUACUGAGUGCUACUGUUUGUUAGCAGGGUUAGCCUCACUGCUGCAGUUCUGAAGAGACUAAAUUUGGACACUUGGCUCUUUAACAUUUAUUGAACUCUUAGACUGUUGAACAUGUGGCUGAUCGACUACACCUGGGCAAAGUGGAACAGUGUAAAUAUGAUUUUUCUCUGAAGCUUUUCUUUAGUAAGAAAUAGAAAAGGGGUCAAUAGUGGCGGUGCUGUGUUUUAAGUCUGACUUGUGGGGAGUAUAUAGGGGUGUAACAGUGCAUUGUGAUUUAACAAUGCAAAUCUGUGACAAUGUGCAUUGUAGAGCGUGAAUGUUGUAAUAAUUAUGCCAUCUAAUGCAAUUGUUUGACCAAAGUUUGCAACUGAUUACUGUCAAUUAUUAACCCACUCCGCCACUCGUUCUACAUCUCAGUUCUAGCGUUGUUGGUAAUGUGCGCAACAACAUAAAGUGUUCAUUUUCCUUUAGUUGUUAAAAAUAUUGUGAGAGUACCGAACCGCGAGCACAGUAUCAUGAAGAGAAUCGAAUCAUGGGAUGAGUGUAUCUUUACACCCAUAGUCGUGUGGUGUCUGAACGUGGUAAUUAUGGGUAGUGCAGGCUGGUUCUGUGACUGCCUCAAAGUGGGGACUUAGGUUCUCAUGCCUUGUUUUCAGGUUAGAUAAAUAAAAUCAAAUUUACACAUUUUCCCCAUAUCUGAAAGUACGUUUCAUAACUAAAAGCAGUGGCAACAGCCAUGAAGCCUGAAUAUUGUCUGUACCUGUGUCCAUUUUUAUAGAUAGCAGGAUGUCAUACAGUGUCAGAAACCACAUAAGCGAGUCUGUCUGAGAUUAAUCAGCAAUUUGACAGUUUGAAGCAAAUGUUUGAUGAUUUAGGCAUGCAGUUCAUGCUAUUUGCUGUGGUGUCAGCUUCCAGUACUUGUUAGCUACAUUAGCUCCUGCAUGAAACUAAAGAAGCAAACUUCAUCAAACCUGUCUUGGCUGACUGACUUACAUUUGGAGUAAGAAGGGAAACUGUAUAAAUUUGAAUUUUCACAGCGCUACUGCUAUGUCUUGCAUCAUAUGUGACUGCAUCUAUGUGAAAGGGGAAUUCCUCCAAUUUUUCAAAAUGUCUGCUAGUAAACAAAGUCAUUCAGAGUGGUUUAAUGUGAAAUGGGGCAUUGUAGAGGAUCUUGCUGACACUGUUUUCUUUGCAGUUGUGAUCCAGGAGUUGCAGUGUCUACAACACAAAUGUAUCACUGCUGUCCGAAGAAAACCUCAUAUCUCCAAAAUGGUAACUUUACAGGAGAAGGAAAAAACAUAGUUUUAAUGCAAGUCAGUGGAACCAGAAUUUUUUCCAAG